AGUCCAGAAAUUACGGUAAACAUAAAUGUAUGUUAUAUUUGUCAUUUAUGUGAAACCUCACCAAGAUGGACAUGUUGUGACAUUAUUUUGUGUGCAGGGUAUGGCCUCAGUAACCCUGCAGUAAGUGUGUUGUGUGCAUGUGAUUAAUGAAUGUGCAGGAAGAAAUUCGACUGCAAUUGCGUUAAAUCUGGUUGUUUAUCAAGCAACUACAUUUAAGUUAUCUGUUUAGGCAAACCUGCAAUUUAAUACAUUUCUAAUUUAUUCCCAUUGAUUCUCGUUAAUUCCCAUGGAAAGGUUCCAGUCUUAAAAUUUCCAGAAUUUUCCAACCCUAGUCUCAAUUAUAGCUCUAGAAGAGAGACGUGUGCAUUCCUGAGCAAACUGCAAAGAGGGCGAUUGCUCGUGAUGAGUCGGCGCAUCUGCGUGUUUCAGCUCGUACCCACCACAUGGCCUACUCUGGUUCUACUAGUUUUGUCUGGGGCACACAGGAAUUUUUUUAAACAGCCUUGAGUUUAUUCAGAUUUCAAUAUUUUUUUCGAAAGGCCGGUGUGUAUUUUGGUGCUUUUGGAUGGAAAGGUAUCGGGUUCUGGAUAAUCGGAGCUGGUUGAUCAUUGUGUCAAAUUUUCUUCUUCGUUAACGGAUAGUAGUUUGCUCUCGGCUUUGCCCUGCCCGGCUCGCACCUGCCCCUGCACUUGUGCCCUACUCAUGUGCUCUGGCAGAGCGAUGUGCUGCGUGCUGUAGGAGGUGACACACACGCACACAUGAAAACUUUCCACAGCGUGCUUCUGAGAUUGUGCCCCCUGCUGGCUGUAGCUGUGGUGAGGAGGGGCAUUUGUGGAAACGUUCUUUGUGUGUGUGUGUAUGUGUGUGUCCCAGCGCCUCAGCUCUUCCCCAGUCACUCAGCUGAAACAAGAUCGAGGAGAGAAGCACAAUGCAGCUGCACAGGGGUACUGGGGGAGCAGUUGUACAGUGAGUAGAGAAGAUAGCCAACCACACCCCAACGCUUUCAAAGCCAUGCACAGCAAGAACCAGAGGAGGCAGAGUUCUGCAAGUGGUUCACGAGCCCCUCUGGUUCCCCUAAAGACUAAGAUGUCGUUGAGUCAGAGUGAAGUCGAGCCUCUGCCAUUUCGUGUGCCUCGCGACUACCCGCACUCUCGCUUCAGCAAAGCCCCACUUGCCGUGUACCCUCCCAAAGGUGCCCGAUCAAAACCCUGUGUGUCCUUACCUGUGGUGAGCUUGGAGAAGAUGCCGUGUUUCAGCCGAUCUGAAGCAGCGCAAAUCAAAGUCAGCUCUACUGCAUCCAUGGCUGGGUCGUCACUUUCUAUCUCCUCUUCAUCCUCUACGUCUUUCUCACCCUCCUCAUCACUAAAGUCCACCCUUGCGUCACCAGCAUCUUGCAGGAACCAGGAAAAGCAUGUGAACGGCCGGGGGACCAUAUCGUCUUGCUCCACCACGCCCCCGUUACUGACUGACAGGAGGCCAAGCCCGUCACAAUCGUCUCCACUGGACAAGUGGCUUGCUGCGUCUCCGUCCGCGCAGGACAGAAGACCCGCAACAUUUCCUUCUCCGUCUUCAGCGGACAAGAGACCCAGUGUCUCAACGUCUCCACCAGAACGAAAACAUCUGAAUGGAGCAAAGAGCAGCAGCAGUCACAGAAGAGUUUCAGGUAGAGUCUAUGAUCCGAAUAAGCACUGUGGGGUGAUCGAUCCAGAGAGCAGGAGACCUUGCACUCGAUCUCUCACCUGCAAGACUCACUCUCUGACUCAUCGUCGUACAGUCCGGGGUCGGAAGAAGGACUUUGAUAUUCUUCUUGCUGAGCAUAAAGGCCGGGCUAAAGAGAAAGAUGCAGGGCAGAAGAGGGAUACCACGAGUGCUCCGACAACCCAAUCACUCAGUCCUCCUUCCAGCACUUUUUCUUCCAACUGUCACAAUGACAAGUCCGCGCCUACCCUCAAGCUGCGGCUGACCAACACACACAUGCAGAGAGGCUCUUUUGGUGGUGGUGGUGCAGUGGUGCUCAGUUCCACGACUCUUCCUACCCCUGAUCAGAUCGCCGGCUGCCAGAGAUACGGCGCGGAUGUCCACGAAUCCAGCGACGAGGCCGAGGAACCGGAGAAAACUUCAUGCCAUUACUCUUUGUUUCAUCCACAACCCAUUAGUUGGUGUGCGUUCAGCAGCCGGUUGAUGGGUCACGGCCACUACGUGUUCGACAGACACUGGGACAGGAUAAGGUUUGCGCUGCACUGCAUGGUGGAGAAGCAUGUCAAUGCCCAGAUGUGGAGGAAAGUCCCUCUAGUGGAAGACAGCGUUCCUUGCAUGUCCGAUCCAUCAUCUCUGACUAUGCCGUUACUGCCAAGCUCCACUCCGUCCAUCGACUCCAUUUCCUCUGUGUCCUGCUCCACCUCGGUCUCCCAGAACGGCAGAAUCUUCUGCUUCCAGGAAUCCAAACUGCAGCUGAAUAAAACAGCCAAGUCGUUAAAAACCUCUGCAGACAGAGUGCUGUUGAAGAAGCUCAAGCCACCUGCAGUUGCUGAGAAAAAGUCUGAGAGUGGGUACCAUCCUUCCUGCCAUGCACACAAUAGCAACGCCACAGCAGCCCUGAGCGUGAGGUCCAAACCGAGCCAGCCAGGAGGAAGUCAAGUCCUGAGCAACACGGACAGAUACACCAGCAUCGAGCUAAACCUGCCCCCGGCGCCAAAGGGCAAACACGGAGCAGUUCUGUCCCAACGGCUGCAGCCAUGCGGAUCCACGAAGGGGCACAAACGCAAAACCUCGGGCUGCGAUCGAGUGGGCAAAAUGACCAAAACAACGGUGCACAACGAAAUCUUUCAGAAGAGCAGCACUGCUUUACUCUCGUCGGCAGCUGAGGCGUCCCAUAGCACCCUCUCCAGACUGGUUGUGCUGCCAUAUACAACAAAAAUCUAGCGCUUAAAUUCACAUACAAGAUAAAGACAUUCGUACCAGAUCAGAGUCUAAGGUGAAUCAGUGACGCUGACUGAGGUGGAACACGUAAAGCAGCUUUUGCAGCAGCGACCCCCGCCUUGACCUGCAUGCAGCUCUGUGACCCCACCUGGCCCCUGUGGAGCCCAUUGCACUGUGUGUUUGUCUGUGUGUGUGUGUGUGUGUGUGUGUGUGAUUGUUUGCACACACACCCAGACUGACAAAUCCAAGCCUGCUACAGCUUCAACUGUCUCGUUAUUUAGGUACUGCGACUUGUAAUGGAUCAGCAGGGACAUGCUGACGGUAUUCUGGUCAGCUGUUACAUAAACCUGCACGUGCGAUGACGUCAGGGAUGUUUCCAGCUCUCCAGUGAGGUUUACAGUGGAAGCGUGUCAGUGCUGCGAGAGCAGGGAAGGCUCUUCAAACCUGACCGGAUCUAAAGUGCACUUAGCGUCCUAUAAUGCCUGAACUGCACAGCAGGCUGCAGAGAAACAAACAAACAAACAAAAAAAAAAAAAAAAGCAUUUCACCAAGGGAAUAUUUUCUAGAUGCUUUUUGGCAAGCUGUAUUUUUCUAAAGUGGGUGAAUUCAGGUUUUCAACGAUCAGGACUCGGAAAGCAAACUAGCUUAGUGUUACAUUUUGUAUUAUAAUUUAUCCCACAGAUUUACACAGAUCCCACCGCCCCUGUCCCAAGAUUUACACGGCGCAAAGGUUUAUUUGUACGUCGUUCUAAAAAGUCAAAGUAUUAAUCUAAUAACCUUAUUGUUGGAAAUAUCAGUGCAUAUGGUUUUUUUUAUAUAAUAUUUAUUGUUUGUGUCUAACAGAGUUAGGAAUCUAGACGUUUCUGUCUUCACUGAUCUUCGAAAUGGUUUAUAAAGAAAAGAAAUCCACCACGUCUUCUUUCUCACGAUCUAGCCGAGUUCUCGAGACACUCAGGUUCACACAAUCAGAAGGAGGAAACGGCUUUAGAAAAAAAAAACCGAUUGUUGCAAGCAAAAUGGACGCUAAAUUUUUGUUCCACACACCUUUUUAGAAUGCGAGUGAGCGUGUGUGUGUGUGUGUGUGUGUGUGUGUGUGUGUGUGUGUGUGUGGAAUGCCAAUCUGCGUUUUUUAUUUCAGAAAGGAAUUUAAUUCGGUCGCUCUUUCACCAGGUCUGUGUAGCACGUAUUUAAUUAUUAUUGGUGUUAUUAUUAUUAUUUUUUUUAUUGUUAUUGAUUUCGAUUCGAACCUGUACAGGUUGUAGCGUUGUUACGAUGUUACGAU